AUGGAUGUACAAAAUAGUUCAAUACAGACAUUCUGUCUCGUUUACGUUAUGUUUACAAAAAAAAAAAAUUUGCAUUUCUUUUAUUCAUCGAAUCAAGUCAAUUCAAAUGAUGAGUUGCCGGUUGACACUGACAAAGUUGUUACUUUGUAUGUGCUUGUGUCAUUAAUAUCUGAAAACUAUAAUGUUUGCUCGCAGCGUACCGCACUCGAUAUAGAAUUGAACAGAUUUUAUCGCCCACUACGCUCGUUAUAUUUAGAUUUUGUGACGCGCUUGACAAAUCCACCAGAUAAUAAAGUUCUUCAGGAACGUGGGAAAAUACAAGCAUUGGGUAAGCGUACCCGUUCGUUGUCCAACUGUGAUAGUAAAAAUGGGCCGGGUGCUCGUAGCCCGCAAGUGCCAACUAGUGUCCAUCGUUUGCGGCCAGGCGACAUUGACAUUGUAGGUGCAUUGGGUGAUUCCUUGACGGCUGGUUACGGGAUUUUUGCUACAAAUCUUCUACAAGUCCUAGUUGAAAAUCGUGGUGUAUCGUGGUCUAUUGGAGGGCAAGGACACUGGCAACAGUAUUUAACUUUGCCGAAUAUCUUAAAAGAAUUCAAUCCCAAUUUAUACGGGUACUCUUUAAACGAUAGCUUAAGCAUUGAUAGAAAUUCGCGAUUUAAUGUAGCUGAAGGUGGUGCAAUGUCACGCGAUAUGCCCUAUAUGGCUAAAAUUUUAGUGAAACGUUUAAAACAUGAUCCACAUGUCAAUAUUACGCAACACUGGAAAUUAUUCACUCUUUUAAUAGGGAGCAAUGAUUUUUGUGCUGAUGUUUGUUAUCAUCCGAAUCCAAUGAAAACUAUCGAUUGGCAUGAAGAAAAUAUGCUGAAAACUUACCGUUAUUUACGUGAUAACGUACCGCGUCUAAUGUUGAAUGUAGUGCCAGCACCAAAUUUGAGUUUUCUAAGAAAACUAAAGUCUAUACCGCCGCAAUGUCAUGCCACAUUGAAAUUCGAAUGUCCCUGUAUAAUGGGAAGAUCUGAAGAGCAAGUAAAUAGCAUGCAAAUAUUAAUGAAUAAUUGGUUUGAAAGAGAUAUUAAAGUAGCUAUAAGAGACGAAUUCAAUACCGAGACGUUCACCAUAAAUAUACAACCAUUUACCAAAGACUAUAUUUAUCCAACUCUAAAGAAUGGCUACACCGACAGAUCAUAUGCCUCAGAAGAUUGUUUUCAUAUCAGCCAGAAGCAUCAGGCCGCUUGUGCCAAUGCCUACUGGAAUAAUAUGCUGCAAUUGCCUGGCGAAAAAGAGAAGCUCUCCACCCAAUCAUUGGGUAAAUUAUUAUGUCCCACCGAUAAGAGGCCAUAUUUAAUUACUCGCGUUAAUAGUUAUAAAAAUUUUAAAGUUUAAUAUUA